CGAAGAGAGUAGUAAGUUGUUGUAGAGAGUUAUUAAGCCGUGGGAAAGCAAGCAAACUUCAACUGAUUUAUGAUGUUCUCUUGCGUUCGUCCACAUUAGUUACCUUGGCAGUGCAUGACACUAACGCUAUAGCCUGUUUGGAGAAAGAGAUCGUCAGCGAAAUAUCGUACGAUGGAUCCAAAGCGACGUGAAUGUUAUGCAGUUCGUGUGAAGCUUUCUCUACCUGCACCCAUUGCAUACACACAAGUGGAGGAUAAGUUGUGCACUUAUUUUCAGUCCAACGAGGAGGGAGGUAACUGCAACGUAGACAGCAUACGUUUAAUGGGGGAAGAUGCCGAUGGCUCUUGGUAUAAAGUUGCUUUUGUUGAACAGUCUGGUGUUAGUAAAGUGUUAUCAAGGCCUGAUCAUGAGAUGGUCGUAGAUGGAAUCAAGAUUCGCCUAGAAGUGCGAGGCUACUCAGCACCACCCCCUGAUACUUCAGAGUCUGCAUCUUCAGAGGAAAACUCAGAUAAACCAGAGGAAGAUGAAAGACUGAUUGAAGUGACUGGUCUGAAACAUUCAACACCCAUAGAGACCCUUAAGCUAUAUUUUGAGAAUCCACGCAAAUCUGGAGGAGGUGAAAUAGAAACGUUUGAGAGAGAACCUAAGACUGGAGUCAUCAGCAUUACCUUCAAGGACCAAUCAGUUACCCCAAUAGUGGCUGGGAAAAAACACAUGCUAUCAGGCGCCACACUGAACGUCAAGCUUGUCACCAAGAAGAAACGUCGUCCACUUCCGAUCAAUACACGAUGUCUGUUUCUAGAAGGGAUACCAGAUGGAUGCUCCUCUGAGCAUGUGACGCUCUUCAUUGAGAAUAAAGUAGCCGUAGACGAGGAACCCACAAUCCGAUAUGGAGAGAAGCCUGGGACAGCUAUUUGUACUUUCUCACGUGAUAUACCAGACCUGAAGGAUGUUAUCAGAAAAAUUUGUGGAAGGAAACUGAAAGGUGCUUCAUUGAAGGCAGAGAAGGUUCAUCAUUCUGACGCCAUCUUAGUGCAAGGAGUUCCAAAAGACUUGGAAAUAGUUGAGUUGUAUUUUGACUACCCAAAGAAGAGUGGCAGCAGUGGAGUGAGAGACGUACAACCAGGACCCAUGGAUGGACAGGCAAUUGUCUACUUUGAAGACUGGAAGGUGGUUCAGGAUGUUUUAACAAAGGGUCGUCAUAAGCUUGGUGGUAAAGAUUUGCGGAUUGAACCGUAUCAUGACUUCUUGGGAGGACUUAGCCCGCUUGAUGCCCCAACUUCACAUAUCCCCAAACCAGUGUCGGUAGAAGUACAGGAAUCUAUUAUGGAUUUCCUAUAUGGGAAAGGUGCGAAUACUAAGAAGAAGUUGCUGAAAGACUUGGCCAAGAUGAAAGCCAAUCUGCUGUGGCCAGAUGGUUCUCAGAAGUCUCAAGCUAAACUAGAACCAGUAAUUGACAAAUCCCAGCACCAAUCAUGGUUGAACUGGGGAAAGAAAGCUGUCGAUGUUCUGACUGACUUCAUGAGAGGACACAAAACAGCCAGAGUUCCAGUUCCGCAAACACUGUGGAAGGAUGCUGCUGAUAAAUUGCAGAAGAUGACUACAGCUUGCUCGAUGGUCCCAGAUACUCAACUUCAUGAAGUGAUACUUGUCGGAGAGCAACGAGAUGUUGAUGUCGCUGAAGCAACAAUAAAUGACAUCAUCAUGGAGUUACAGAAGAAGUCCAAGAAUGCUUCUUCUUUUAAAGCAGAAGGUGACAGUGACACCAAAGAGGAACACUUACCAGAUAAACCAGAAGAAGAUGAGCCAGACGCAGAUGAGCAACUGAUUGUAGUGACUGGUCUGAACCAUUCAACAGAUAUCGGGGUCCUGAAGCUCUAUUUUGAGAAUCCAAGCAAAUCUGGAGGAGGUGAAAUAGAAGCGUUUGAGAGGGAAUCUAAGACUGGUGUAAUCAGCAUUACCUUCAAGGACCAAUCAGUUACUUCUAUAGUGGCUGGGAAAAAGCACACACUAUCAGGCGAUGCACUAAACGUCAAGCUUGUCACCAAGAAGAAACGUCGCCCACUUCAGAUCAAUGCCCGAUGUCUGUUUCUAGAAGGGAUACCAGAUGGAUGUUCCUCUGAGAAUGUGAAGCUCUUUAUUGAAAAUAGAGCAUCCAUGGAUGAGGAACCAACCAUCCAAUAUGGAGAGAAGCCUGGAACAGCUAUAUGUACAUUCUCACGUGAUAUCCCAGACCUGGAGGAUGCUAUCCGAAAAGUUUCUCGAAGAAAACUCAAAGAUACUCCAUUGAAGGCAGAGAAAGUGCCCUAUUCUGACGCAAUCUUAGUGCAAGGAGCUCGACUAGAUUUGGACAUUGUUGAGUUGUAUUUUGAUAGCAAGAAGAGGAGUGGAGGCGGUGGAGUGAGAGAGGUACAACCAGGACCCAUGGAUGGACAGGCAAUCGUCUACUUUGAAGACUGGAAGGUGGUUGAGGAUGUUGUAAGAAAGAGUCAUCAUAAGCUCGGUCGUAAAGAACUGCGGGUUGAAUCAUAUCAUGACUUCCUGGGAAGCCUGAGCCCACUUGAUGCCCCAACUCCACAGUACCCUAAACCAGUGUCGAUUGAAGUACAGGAAUCUAUUAUGGAAUACCUCUAUGGGAAAGGUGAGAACACCAAGAAGAAGUUGCUGAAAGACUUGGCCAAGGUGAAAGCCAAUCUGCUGUGGCCGGAUGGUUCUCAGAAGUCUCAAGCUAAGCUAGAACCAGUAGAAGAUGACUCCCAGCACCAAAUAUCAUGGUUGAACUGGAAAAAGGAAGCUGUUGAUGUUCUGACCGACUUCAUGAGACGACUCAAAACAGCCAGAGUUCCAUUUCCGCAAACACUGUGGAAGGGUGCUGCUGAUGCACUCAAGAAGAUGACUACAGCUUGCUUGAUGUUCACAGAUACUCGACUUCAUGAAGUGAUACUGGUCGGAGAACAACGAGAUGUUGAUGUCACUGAAGCAACAAUCAAUGACAUCAUCAAGAAGUUACAGAAGGAGGCUGACUAUGAUGCUGAGCAAACAAAAGAAGAAAUCAACUGGGAUUCGGAGAAGCUGCAGCUCUUUACCUUGUGUGGGAUUAAACAGGAGAUCGAAAAGCGUUUUCCAGCUCUGAAGAUUACAGUUUUCAGCUCAUAUGGUAAAACUGGCAUCACUCUAGAUGGAAAAAGAAAAACCAUCAAAGACGUGGAGCUAAAGAUAAGGAGGAUGGUGGAAAAAUUAGAAAAGACAGAGUUCAAAGCCGGGAGUACCAAGGUACGAUUUGUUCAGCUUGUUCGGGACAAAAUUCAUGAAAUUCUAGGGUCACAGAAUAUUCAUGCAGUAUGCAGUGGAUCAGAUGAUGGUAAGAUCACAAUACACGGUGCUACUACCAGAGAUGUCAAGGAGGCUAAAGCAUACAUCGAAUAUGAAAUAGAUGAAGAUACCAUUGCAAUCAAAGGACAGUCUGCUUUAGCUGUCUUACAAGGCCACGAUGGGAAGAGACUUUUGGAUUUGAUCAACAAGCAAAAGUUCGUCAUGGCAGGCAUCAGCCAUGAACCAGGUGUCAAGUUUAUUAAACUUGCAGGAUUUAAGAGAAAUUUUGAAGAAACAAAAAAAAACAUCUUGGAUUUUCUCAAGAAAAAUGUCAUCAUUAAAAGCACCAUUCCCUCAAAUAAGAGCAAAAUACGCCUCAUUACCACAUACCAUGGUCAUGAGUUGGAAAAAGUAAGACAACAACAUCGACAAAAUCUUGUAGCUAUCCAGCCACAGAUGAGUGGAAGGAACAGAGGAUUUGUCAUCCAAGGCAACGAGGAGGGUUUAGAUGCAGUCCGCAAACUGGUCACUUCACUUGUACAAGCGGUAAAAGAGAAACAGUAUCCUGUAUCCAAGACGUGCAUGGCUAGACUGUUCCGUGAAGAGAAAGGCAAGAAAUUCUUGGAGUCUGUCGAGAGAGAAUUUCAUUGUGUGAUUACCACCGAUUGUAACGAGGAGAGUGAUGACAAAGCUGCAAGUACUAACUACCACAUGAAAACGGCUGCACCAGAAUUUCUAACUAAGAGAGUUAAUUCUGCUGUAUACGGUGCUGAAGGUGUUGAAGAUGACAAGAAAGAAGAAGAGCUUAAAGAAACGGUCAUUCUACAGCUCAGUGCCAUGGAUAUGAACUCCUUGAUGAAGGCUUCAUACACACUUGAUACAUUUCAAGAAGAGGAAUUUCUAUCUGAAGAUUUUCCAGAUGUGAUGGGAUUGCUUUACAAAAUGACAACAGAACACAAAGCUCAGCUUAAGCAAAUCGGAAGGAAACGUGAUGUGACUGUGGAACCUUCUAAAGGUCGGGCCAAGUUCAUCCAUGUGGAGGGAUGUAAAUACAAUGUCAAGGAUGCCUUACUGGACAUUUCACAGUUCACAAGAAUUCAAAAGGAGGAGACAGAGAAGCAAUUAAAGAUGGAACUCGCAAAAGAAGUCAAGUGGAAGUACAGCACUACAUCAGGUGUGGAGGACUAUGAUGAAGAGGUUAAUGCCCUCCUAGAGGACGCUUACCAGAAGAAAAAGCUAAAUUUAACACUUGAUCUGGAAGAAGGAAGAGCAGUCAUCGACUUCCAACAGAUGCAGGAAAGAUAUAAUCGAAGAGUGAUUAAUGUCCAUCGUGUCGACCUGAAAAGUGCUGCCAGAUUUGAACCACCAAGUAACUGGAUACCGAUGAUGAAAGGGGAGUCAACCAAAAUGGUAAAGCUGACUGCAGGAUCUGAUGAGUACACAGCGGUAGAAACCAAGUUUCGGGCAUCUAUGAGUCCUUUCAACAAUAUUGUCGAGAUAGAGAGAAUUCAAAGUCAAGAUUUGAUGAUGCAGUAUCAAGCCCGUAGAGCUGCACUAGAGAAUCGCCUGAAUAGAACUUAUCAGAUUGAGAUGGUUCUCUACCAUGGAACAGAUGAGCAAACCUCUAAAAAAAUCAGUACACAGGGAUUCAACCGCAGCUUUUGUGGGAAGAAUGCAACUGCAUAUGGAAAUGGCACCUAUUUUGGUGUUGCAGCAAGCUACUCUGCACAUGCUCAAUAUGCUAAACCAAAUGCAAAUGGCACAAAGCAUGUAUUCGUCACAAAUGUUCUCGUUGGAGAUUUCGUCAGAGGCAGCCAAGGAAUGAUCACUCCACCUCCCAAACCACAUAAUCCUGCUGAACUGUUUGACAGUGUUGUAGACAACAUACAUGCUCCUGGCAUUUAUGUCAUCUUUCAUGAUGCACAGGCAUACCCAGAGUAUCUCAUCAAAUUCCAUGAUUUCGCUUCAUUUUGAAAUGUAUUGAGAUUGUUAUGUUUUCCUUGAAAAAUGCCACAAUGAAGUACGACUGAUGCUUGGUUUUGAAAAUUGUAAUCCUGUAAAUAGAGCAAUCAUGCUGUAUCAUUGAUUGGUGCUUCAUUAUGAGCAAAUACCAAUUUUUUCAGAAUUUGUCAUAUUUUUGCAAUGAAAAUGCAUGUAGUCUAAACAUAAAAAUCUAAUUGGGGUGUAAAUUGGGGUGUAAAUGUAGUCUACAAAAAAUCUAAUUGGUGUGUAAAUUAGUGCAACUGUUACUAUAAAACCCUUACAUAUAGGGCCAUUUUUUCAAAACAAAAUCUCGCCUCAAGGACUUAGUUUCAAUGGAGAGGUAAUUUCUCAAUAAAAUAUUUGAUACUGAAAGAAAGUUAUUCAGGUAUCUGAAAGAACAGUUUUUGCAACAAGGGUGUUUUUUUUCUUUUUUCUGUGGCUAAUUCGAUGACCAAUUGAGCCCAAAUUUGUACAAAAUGUUAUUAACUGUUUUAGUGUUGGAACACACCAAGUAAGAACAUUGGUCUUUGACAAUUACCAUCCAGGGCCUUAAAAACUUAAAGGCACUGGACACUAUU